UUUGAUCAAGCGUGCGCAGACGGCGUCGCGACGCUUGGCGUCAUGGUGGCCGUCGUUAUCGAACAGCUGUUUCCAAAAUGGUUUUAGUCGUGCGAGAAUGAGUCGUGUGUGUGAAAAUGAGGAGACAACAGCAAAGCCAAUCGCAAUUACAAAUCGAACACAGCGAUGAUGACUGCACUUCAUCGCAGUCUCAGAUUUUGGAGCGCGUGCAAUCGGAUCGAGUGACUGUAACAAAACCGGAAGAAGAUCGUCGAAGACGCACAAUAAUCGUUGAAAAAAAGAAUGGUUCGUAUGGUUUUACACUUCAAAGUUAUGGAAUCCACUACAAGAAAGAGCAAGAAAUCGAAAUGAUUACGUAUGUGGAUUAUGUGGAUUAUGAUGGGCCCGCUUACAGGGCCGGAAUGAGGGAAGGUGAUGUCAUUUUAUCAAUUAAUGGCACAGAUAUGGAGAAAGCUGAUCAUAAAACUUUGGUGAAUUUUAUCAAAAAUUGCGAUACAAGGAUGCGGAUGGUUGUGCUGUUUGAAGACUGUGUCCGGAAGGUGGAGUUGCACAUGCGAUACAUUCAGCUCCAGCGAGUCCUCCAGAGUAAAAUGACCGAAUUGGAAAAAUUAUGCAUACGUGAAAGACAGCUUUUGGAGGGCAAAUGGAAGACUCAUAGUUUGCCAGCUCGUAAAAAAGCCUCGCAAAGUAGCAACAACGGGGAUCCCCCGACUCCAACCCAAGCCGCCUAUUCCUACUGUCGACCAACUGUAUCAACCGAAGACGUGGCAAAAGUCCAGCAAAAACAACAAAAUCCCCCUUUAAUAUUCGCCUAUCAAUACUUAGACCCCCACUAUCGCUACAUGCUCCAGCCUUCGGCUUCCAGCAGCGGCGAAUAUCUGCUAACUCUGGAACCGUCGCGCUACCGAGGAGACCAACACCAUUUCAUCGUGAAAACACCAUGUGAUGCACCACAGAAGCAAAACCGCGGCAAUCAAACCAACGGAACCGAAACCAAACCGAAAAAAGUCCAAUCUGGCCACUUGUGCAACCCUUGCAUGCAAUCAGCAAAUAACACAGAUAACACCAGUUUGGAAGCGUACGAUUUGGCGAGUCCGUGCUGUGAUCCACACUGUGUGCCAUCAAGUAGACGCAGGUCGCGCAAAGACCACCGAAAAAGAGAUUCAAAGACUGAGGAAACACAAACUGACCCUCAACAACGAUCUCGGCCACAUUCCAACACACAACAGCAAACUUUCUCAGUCCCGAGGAGGUAUUUCCACUUUGGGACCGGACUAGUGAGUCAAUGUAGUCUCCAUUCGUGCACUUCGAGCGAGUUGAGCGCUGUGGCACCCACCACUAUGGGGGAGAGCUCCACCAGCUACACCACCUCCUUGAGCACCGAUACGCUCUAUUGGGAUGAAAUGAGUGCCUCGAGGCAGAUGAGUCUCAAGUCGGCCUCCAAACACGACCACCAACAGAGAUACACCCAGACGCACUCCCAUGACCCCGUCUACGUCCACUACACCACCGUCAAGCCGAAAUCGUGGGACAACCUCACCACGAAAGCCUUCGGCGGCUACGGCUUCGGCUACGGCUACUUGGACACCAAGUGUCCCAAACAGCGCUCCCAAAAAACGCAAUACGUCCGAGUGGACAAACACACCCAGCCCCAGUACACCCCACACACCCACCGACGCUACUUCCAGCCCACCAAGUCCACAGAGAGUCUCCUCUCAGUGCCAAAGUACUCCAAUGAGGCUUUGUCCGAUUCCAGCGAAUGUCUGGAGGGCUCUUCACCAGCUCCGGACGCCUCCGAGGGCCGAUUUUUCCAAAGUCCGAGACAGAGCAUCAGUGUGAGCCCCACUGACCCCAACUUUGGCUACUACAGUGCCAGGAGGCCCUCCAAAAAUGUAGUCUCGACCAGUUCGGAGGCUACUAGAUUGUAAUUGCUUCAAUCAAAAUGGGUUUUAUUUAUUUAUUCUGCAUUUUUAUGUGAUAUUAGUUGUUUAAUGUGUUUUUUGAUAUCAAUGAUUUUUUUUGUUUGUUGAUGCACAUGAACGAAGUUGACAAUAAAUUUUGUUGAAUGUAGAGUGAUUUUUUAAGCAACUUUUUUUCAUAUCAUUUGACAUCAAACAAUUUUUUCGUCAGGAUGAUUGUCAAUUUUAUAAUUAAUAAACUGUUGUUUUAUA